AUGGUGCGCGAAGCGUCUUUCGGCGGCGCGGUCAUCAGCUCACCCAGUGUUCUGCGCGACAAAGGCAUCUCAGAUCACGCGGCCCUGGAGGUCACCAUGCAGGCGAGGAACCAGCGGCCGACGGAGGAGCCGCCCUUUCAACCGUCUGUUUUCGAAAGGCCAGACUCUGCGACGACUCGCGAGAGGCCAGCGGGCAACGGGAACGAGGAGCUCAAGCGCAAGUCGCCGCGUCUCCGAUUUCUGCGAUUCGAGGAGCUCAUCGACGAGGCCAGUCGCAUCACCAUGACAACCGUGCUCACCGCCAAUUUGGACGGCAUCCAGUCCCAGCUGUUUCUGGCAAG